AUGACUGGAAGUGAAGGUUUGAAGGCACCUCUCCGGUCCCACCCAUCUCCACAAAUUUUGGAUCGACCCGAAAAUCCGCCCAGUGGCACUCCCUCCGAUCUACCUCCGUCGUCCGAGGUUAACUCCAAAGAAAACGGGUCCAAGGCCGACUCUGAGGAUACCAAGACUGGCUCUGCCGCCGGUGACGCGGCUGCUCCGGUUACCGCCAUUGAGAAGAAGAUGCGCCGUGCCGAGCGGUUUGGGAUAUCCGUGCAGCUCUCAGAAGAAGAGAAACGCAACUCUCGUGCUGAGAGGUUUGGUACUGUUUCGACAUCGCUUGGAUCCCAAGCAUCUAAAAAACCAGAAGACCUAAAGAGGAAGGCUAGAGCAGAGAGGUUUGGGCUUCCUGCCCCAGCUGUGGUAGGUGAUGAGGAUGCAAAGAAGAAGGCUCGUCUUGCUCGGUUUGCACCUAUUUCCAAGACAGAUACUAAAGCUGAUCCUCAGGAAGAAGAAAAACGAAAAGCAAGGGCACUCAGGUUUUCAAACACCUCAAAGGGUUAUCUUACUCAAGUGAAUGAAAAGGGUAACGUUGAGCUGUGCUGA